AUGGCCGCCAACAUGCAGCAAAUGGCUGGGGCGGGUCAAAUGAUGCCCCAGCAGCUGCGACGGCCGCCUACUAAUUCUCACCAGCUUCAGCAAAUGGUGUACCAGAACCUUAUGGCAAACCAACAACCUUCAAACGGCCUAACAUGGCAAGGUAAUGUCAGCUUCAACGACCGUAUGGGGAAGACUAUGGAUCUUAUUUCAAAUAUAGCUUUGGGCAUCGCUGGAGUCGACCAUAUGCGAGCUGCAGAAGUAGGCUGCAAUUUUGAGCGAGAGGUGUUUCACAAAUCACCAAGCAAGGAGGCUUAUGACCAAACUAUGGCAACCAAGACUCUGGAAUUCUUCAAGAAGCGACAGGCAAACGAGCCUAACAUACAAAACAACCUCAAUGCCAAUGCGCAGGCACAGGCGCAGGCUCAGGCACAGGCUCAGGCCAUGAUGAAUAUGCAGGCUCAAAUGGGACGUGGUAUGGGUCAAGUUCAACCCGGAUUCCAACAUCUCCAGCACCAGAUGCAAACUGGACAGCUGCCUCAACAGGCACAACCGCACCCUCAACUUCAGCAGCAACAGCAGAUGGGUAUGGGCAGAGCCAUGGGACCGAACCAGCAAGCCAUGGCAAUGCAAAACCGGCAACCACAACAAGUUCCUACCGAUGUAUCGCGACUCGCUCAGUCAGACAGGGCCAAGGUCAUGGAUCUUGCGUCCAAGAUGCUGGCACAGGCGUCUGAGCAACAAAAGGCUACCACCAGAAUGAGUUUACAACAGAGACUAACCCCUCAACAACUGAACGAGAUACAAGCUCAAGGAAAGGAUCUGGUGGUCUGGUUCUAUCAGAAUCAGGCGCUCCAAAUGCUGAAGACUAAUAUGAACCGCCUGCAGGCCCAGCAACAGGCUGCAACGCAGAAUCAGAAUGGCGGACAGGCGGCUGCUGCGGCUAUGAUGCAGCAGCAACACAGCCAGCAAUCCUUCCAGCAACGACAGAAUAUGAUGAAUGCCGGGCAACCCAACGACUUCUCCCAAUUCACUCCUAAUAUGGAGAGCAUCAAAGAUCAGCAAAUGACUGGUCUCAUGGCCCAGCAGGCGGGCCAGAUGGUUGUACCAGCUAGCUCCGGGGGCGCCCAACAUGCCACUCCCCAGCCUGGCAAUCAAAAUAUGCCAGGUGCCCAGGGACCGAACCAGACACCUCGGCAGGGCCAGCAGCAACCCCAGCAAGCUGGUGUCAAUCUUCAACAAAUGAAGAUGAACCAAGCCGCUCAGCAGUCCCAGAAUCAGUUGCAGCAAGUGAAGAUGCAGCAGCAGAAUCAGCAGAAUAGCAUGGCAGGUGGCAUGCCACCUUCACAGAGCCCAGCUAUGAACACCUUGAAUACCCCAGUGUCGCGUCCUCCCGGCGCCAUGAACCCCAUGGGUAACCAAGGUUUGGGUCAAGGCACCGUUCCUUUCGGCGAUCAGCGCUUCAACCAAGGUACUCAGCGGCCAAACAACCAGGCAUUCAACAACAUGCUAGCCAAUAUGACGCCAGAGCAGAGGCAGGCAAUUCAGGGCCUGCCUCCCGACAAGCUCAGCGAAGUCUUCAGAAAGUGGCAAAACCAACGACAAGAGCAGAUGGCCAUGAAUGGUGGUCAAAUGAAUCAGCAACAAAGACCACAAAACCAAUUUGCUGGACAAAUGAACCUAAACAUGGCCACUGGACAGGGAGCUCAGGGCAUGCAACAGCCUAAUGGGGGUAUGUCAGUCAAUCAACAGCAACAGCAAAUGCCGAUGCCAAGGAUGCCGAUCCAAAAUAACCAAGCCCAAGCAAUGAUGGAUGCUAUGGACCUACCACCACAGGUCCAGAACAUUGUCGGGCAACUUCCUGUAGAAGUCAAGAAGUGGAGAGAUUUGAAGAUUUGGCUCAGUCAGAACAGCACUUUACCACCGCCAACCCGGGGCCAGCUUGGCGGACUUCAACAAAGACAGUUCACGGUUCUUAUGCAACGUCGAGCGUCGAUGCAACAGCAAGCCGGCCAAAACCCCAACGUGAAUACUGCCGCAAUGCCGAAUGCUGGAGCGCAGAUGCCAAAUCAACAGCAGCAGAUGGGCAUGCAACGACCCGUGGGAAAUGUGCCCGCGCAUGUUCUACAGGUAACACCACAGGAGCUGAUGCGAGCGCGGAGCCAGCGCGCGGAUCUCGGUCACAUCCCAGACGAGCAACUACGGACAAUGCUCAUGACGAUGAAGCGGCAGGCCUUCCUCCAGCAGCCACAGGCCGGCAUGAUGAGAGCUCCACAACCCCAAGGUCAGACACCAAACCAGACACCGAACCAGGCACAGCACCAACCUGGUGGUGCACCAAAUCCAAUGGGUGCUGCUCCCAUGACGGUGCAACAAACACCGCAGCAGCAGAACCGAACUCCCCAGUCGCAGACUCAAGCUAGUCCCACAAAUAUGGCACAAACGGCUUCAAUGCAGUCCGGCGGACAGAGACAACCAGUUCAAGCGGGAACUGGUCAAGCGCGGAAUAAUAACCAAGCUCAACCCGCUGCGAAGAGCCUCAAGCGACCUAGCACUGAUGAUGCUGCGGAUACGGCCGCGACGUCCAACGCGAACUCUGCCGCUCCUGCCCCAGCUCGUCCAGCGUCACAGCCUAAUCAGCAGAUGCCGAAGGGGGUGCCUACGCUCACGCCGCAACAGAUUGCCGGGCUCAGUCCAGAGCAGCGGGCCAAAUAUGAACAAUUCAUGAAACUUCAGUUAACAGGACAGACCCAAAGUGCAAGUCUGCCUCAACCGGCCGGUGCCGAUACCCUUACUCGAUUGCGAACCAUCAGUCAAGACGAACAACGACAAUUUCACCAAGAAACAAUGCCCGACAUAUCGAUGAACGCCCAGGAACUCGGUGAAACUGGUGCCAAGCUUCAGCGCAUUGCUCAGGAUAUGGGCAAGGUCAGCCGCGGACUUACUAAAUGGUAUUCGAUUACGAGGGAUGAUGCUCGAGCCAAGAUGUUUUUCAGAACUCGCCUACGUAUCAUGAAGCAAUUCGCAGAUGCAGACACAAUGAAAAUCUUGAAAGACAAAUUUAGCAUCAACUCGGCGGAAAUCGAUCAAGCUCGGGCUAUGCUGGAGAGCAUGGCUAAGGACCUAGCAGCCAGCAUGUACGGCAGAGGAAUGAUGAAGCCUGGGCAACAGCCGCAGCAAGGUCAGGGAGCAGGGCAAAGCCAAACUGCACCGCCACAGCAACAAGUGCAGCAACCGGCGGCAUCGCAGCAAAAUCAACAGUCUCAGCCAGCACCUUUGAACGCGGCCAAUCUGGAAAAGAACUCCCAAGCACUCAAAAACCAGCAGAAAUCUGCCAGUAAGGGCUCACAACCUCCUCCCGCGCCAACGGCUACACAGCCACCUUUCUCGUUUGGAGCAUCCUCGCCCCAUGGCAACCCAAGCUAUAUGGGCAAGCAGAAGGAUAUGAAUCUUCAAUUACCUUCGUCUCGUAAGAAGCAGAAGGUCUCUGGCCAACAACCAGGGCAGACGCCGCACGGUGCGACUCCAUCGCCGAAGACAGCCAAGAAUGCUUCACCAGAGAUGCGUCGCCAAGAGCCGCCCAAGCCAGUUUUCCUCUGCACAGAGCCAGAAUGCGAAGCGGGCCCAUUUGGGUUCCCAAGCGAGACGGCCUUACAACAUCAUGUUGAAGAGGAGCACACAAAGCCUCGGGAAGACCCAGUCAAGUUUGUCAAGGAAAACCUGGCCCUGGCGUUGGGCCUGGAACCGGACGGCACGGUCAAGAAGGAGCAGAAACCAGCUGAUGGGGCCGUAGCUAUGAGUGCGUCAGCCUCGAAGCAAGGUCAGACGCCCAAGAAUGUUGCGGGUACACCGAUGUCCCAAGACAAUGCCAUGAAGAGGACUGGAAGUGCUUUGAGCAAGGGAUUGGAUGGCAAGCCCAAGGUGGACGCUGGGGGUUCCAAGCAGACCAAGCCCAGUCCUUGGGCCGGUUGCACAAUUGACCCUCAAGCUUUACUCACCAACCUUGGUUUUGAGAACGGGCUGCCUAAUAUCGUCAGCGACGCCAACAUGUACCGCUCCUUGACCCCAAAGGACACUCCCGAAUCCAGCAAGGAUGGCGGAUCGAGCGAGCCAAAUAGUGAUAUCUCAGAGGGUGCGGCGCUCGAGAUUGAUAUGAACUGGCAAACAUUCGAUCCCGACCUCCUUCUGGAUAUGAAUAGCACAACAUUGGAUGGGGGUCUUGAUCCGAUGCUGUUGUUGGAUCCACCGUCGAGGUCUGUGCCCGACUGGGAUUCUAUUGAAGUUGACUAUUCAAAGCCUUUUCAGCUUGAUAUGAGUUUGUACUCUAUGGGCAUGUGA